AUGGCAACGACUCAGCAGGAAAAGGAAUCUGAAUUUGGUGAAAAACUUUGCACUACACAGGAAAAAUUUAGAGGAAGAGAUAGAAAUAUAAACUCGUCGAUGAAUCAGCAGAAGAGAACAGCAAAAAUGGAGAAAAAUGGGAAAAAAGAAAUAUAUAAGAUUGGGACAUGGAAUGUGAGGGGAAUUUCGGGAAAGAAAAUGGAGCUUUGCGGUGAAUUCGAGAAUUCUAAGUUGGAUAUGUUGGUGAUAACUGAAACUAAAAAGAAGGGAAAUGGAAAGAUGACAAUAGAUAAUAGGUAUACAUUGGUAUGGAGUGGUGUACAUCAGGAUGAAAGAGCUAGAGGCGGAGUAGGGUUCUUGAUGAAAAGCGAGGUGGAAGAAAAGUACCUGAAUAAAUGGGAAGCAAUUAAUGAAAGAAUAAUGGUAUUUGAAAUGAGUUAUGGGGGGAUGGUGAAGACGAUCAUAGGUGUUUAUGGACCAAACGAAGGCGAUAAAAAGGAGGAAAAGGAUCAUUUCUGGAAUGAAUUAACUUUGGUAGUGGAGGAGGCUAGAGGAACGAUCUAUAUUGCUGGUGACUUCAAUGGCAGGGUGGGAAAAAGAAGUAACCAGCAAACAAGAUGUAUCAGGGAACAUGGGGAAGAUGUGUUGAAUAGUAAUGGAAAGCGAUUUUUGGAAUUUUGCGAGAUACACGGAUUCAUCAUAGGGAAUACUUUCUUCGAACAUAAGGACAUACAAAAGUACACAAGAGAGGUUAAGUCAAAAGGGGAAAGAUCAAUAAUAGAUUACAUACUGAUAGAGGAGACAAACCGAAAUCAAAUAAAAGAUGUGAGAGUAUACAGGAGGUUCGAAAUAUCGAGUGAUCACUAUCUGUUGGUUGCAAAGAGUAAAAAGAAGUUGAAUGGAAAAGUUUCGGAAAUGGGAGCGAAGAAGGGGAGAAAGGAAGAGACAAUAAAGUACUACAAAAUGAGAGAUAAGGAAGUUGCAGAUCAAUUCAGAUAUGAAGUGGAUAAGAAACUACUUGAAAAACUGACUGAAGAUGCAUACGACGACAGAAGCUUGAAAGAAUUAUGGUAA